AGGACGAAGGGGGCAGUGCCAACUGCCAAACCAAAGGCUUCGUUGGCAGCCAUCUGCCAUCGACUGUCGUUCUUCUCUAGUCGCCGUCUAGACUACUCUUGUUUUUCGUUGUUGUUAUUAUUUUUUGUAACUAUUAUUAGCGACGCUUUAUCUCUCUCUCUCUCUGUCAUACUUCAGUAGUUAAGUGCUGCUUUGCAAUUGCAACUAAAUGGAACAGAAAACGUUGGAAGCGCCCCAAGUUUCCAUAAAACCAGAAGUGGAUACCGUAGAGAGCUCCAAGACGCUUCUUCAGCCUCCCAAAGUCGUCGUUUUAGCCGACCUUAACGUCGACCCUCCUGAAACCGACGAUCAUGAUUCUCUCCUCCUCCCUGCCCCCGACCUUACCAGGUUGACUAAUGAUGAAAGCAGCCAUGAGAAAAGUACCUUCAUUUCCAAAGAGAGUGAUGCUGUAGAAGGAGAAGCUAAAAAGUUAACCAAGUCGGGGAAAUGCCGUUCAAGAAUUAGUAAGGCGGACUCUUCUCUGGAUUGUGGAGCUGAUGCAGAUGGGGAUCAGCCUAGUCAAGGGACUCCUUCAUCUCGCGAGGAAAAAGUCAGCAGCCUCAAGACUGGUUUGGUACAUGUUGCAAGGAAGAUGCCCAAAAAUGCUCAUGCUCAUUUUGUACUUGGUCUAAUGUAUCAAAGGCUGGGUCAACCUCAAAAGGCAAUUUUGGCAUAUGAGAAGGCGGCAGAGAUAUUGGUCCGUUGUGAGGUGGAGAUUGCACGGCCAGAGUUGCUUUCGUUAGUUCAAAUUCACCAUGCACAGUGUCUACUCCUAGAGAAUUCAGGGGAUAAUGGUUUGGAUAAAGAGCUUGAAAAUGAUGAGCUCGAGGAGAUCCUUUCCAAAUUGAAGGAGUCAAUGCAAUCAGAUGUUAGACAAGCAGGUGUAUGGAAUACCCUGGGAUUGAUACUUCUCAAAACUGGUCGUCUGCAGAGUGCUAUUGCAGUUUUAUCAUCUUUAUUGGCUCUUGCCCCUGACGACUAUGAUUGCCUGGGAAACCUUGGGAUCGCUUACCUCCAAAGUGGAAACUUGGAGCUGUCAGCUAGAUAUUUUCAGGAUUUGAUCAUUAAAGAUCAAAACCAUCCAGCUGCUUUAAUGAACUAUGCUGCAAUUCUUCUUUGUAAAUAUGGUUCAGUUGUUGCAGGUGCUGGGGCAAAUGCCAGCGAAGUAGCUUCUGGGGAUCAGGUUGCAUCUGUCAAUGUUGCGAAGGAGUGUUUGUUAGCUGCUCUAAAAUCAGAUCCGAAAGCAGCACAUACAUGGGCAAACCUAGCUAAUGCAUAUUAUUUGAUUGGUGACUACCGAAGUUCCAGCAAGUGUUUGGAGAAGGCUGCAAAAUUGGAACCAAAUUGCAUGUCUACUCGAUAUGCUGUUGCAGUCCAUCGAAUCAAGGAUGCCGAAAGGUCUCAAGAUCCUAGUGAACAGCUUUCUUGGGCAGGCAAUGAAAUGGCUUCAGUACUAAGAGAAGGAGAUUCUGUACCAAUUGAUCCUCCCAUUGCAUGGGCGGGACUUUCCAUGGUUCACAAGACCCAACAUGAGAUUGUGGCAGCCUUUGAGACAGAACAGAAUGAGUUAGUGGAGGUUGAAGAGCGUGCUAUCUUCAGUUUAAAGCAGGCAGCAGGUGAAGACCCAGAUGAUGCUGUGCAGUGGAACCAGCUAGGCCUACAUAGUCUCUGUUCCCAAAAUUUUAAAACGGCACAGAAGUACCUCAAGGCUGCAGUGGUUCGAUUCAAAGAAUGCAGCUAUGCUUGGUCAAACCUAGGUAUCUCAAUCCAAUUAUCGGAGGAGGCAUCACAAGCUGAAUCUGUAUACAAGCGGGCCCUUUCGUUGGCAACAGUGGAACAAGCACAUGCAAUAUUUUCCAACCUUGGAAAUCUCUAUCGACAGCAAAAGCAAUAUGAACGUGCCAAGGCAAUGUUUACAAAGUCACUUGAACUCCAGCCUGGCUAUGCUCCUGCAUUUAAUAAUCUUGGUCUUGUAUUUGUGGCUGAGGGUCAGUGGGAGGAAGCAAAAUUCUGCUUUGAUAAAGCUCUUCAAUCAGAUCCAUUGCUUGAUGCAGCCAAGUCCAACAUGAUUAAAACCGUGGCCUUGUCUAGAUUGUGUGCAGGCUUGUCCUCAUUUUUCAUUCAAGAUUAACAUGCGCUCAAGUGAAGUAGGUAGUUAACUUUUCUUAAAUAGGUUCUUAGAGCUGUACAUGACGCAUUAACAUUAUCGAGGAAAUGCGGAGGUGUCUUUACACGCAAUUUCUUUAAUUGCCUUACAAAGCAAGAAUGCUGUUUUCUUUGAUGCAGUAUACCAUAACUUUGGUUGAGGUACUAGGCUGUUUUAAGAUGUAUUCUGAUUAGAGGGCUGAUUUAGUUUAAGUGAAUAGAUUCUUCCAAUAUUUGUUACCCUCUUCUAAACCACCCCUUUUGGUAGUCCCAAUCAAGGUUGUAGACUUUGAUCUUUGAGUUCCGAUUAAAUGCAUCCGUUAAUCGAAUCAGUUUUGUA